GCGGGAAAACGCUGUUUAGGACUCUCGGCUGUCCAGCAGCAGCAGCCCACGCGCAACCUUUGCGCUGCCUUCCUUUUUUAUUUUAUUUCUUUCUUAAAACAAAACGGAACAAAUUUGCCCCCAAUCCCCCACUCUUGCCUUUCGCUUUUGCUUUUGUUCCUCCAUCUCGUCACCUCCUCCCUCAGACCCUCACAACUCACAAGCGGAGAGAGAGUGGUCCGCGUUUGUUUGUGUGCAGUAGCAACACUGGCGAGCGGUGGGGGUGGAGAGGAGGAACCAAGAACACGGAGCAUCUCUGAGGAUCUCCACUUUCCCCCGUUCGAGGGUGGAAGAGCUGCUUCUACUCCUGGGAGUUGCUUUCGCUGGGUACCGAUCAUUUGCGCAGGAGCAGGCGAAGUGCUAUCUGUGCUGAGAUUUGCUUGCCUGGUGCCAAGAAUCCUGUCGUUGGGCCGUUAGGGGCAUUUCUGCUGGAGAGAAUUGCUUGUGAUUUGCCUUGUUUCGAUCAACUGUGUAGCAGCGGUGGAAUCCUGGUUGGUGGUUGUGCAGUGUGUACUUGUUAUGCUAAGGUUUGAAUGGAGAUAGUAGAUAAGAUCGCGGAGCCCAAAGACCCUUUGGUGGUCACUGCUCGAAAGGUGCAGAACUUGGAGCUGCCGGUGAUACCAAUAAAGGCAUCAUGGAAAGGCAAGAGCUCCCAGCAGCAAGAUGAGAAGGAUUUGCCAGAUGACGGCGAGGAGAGCUUCCGGAGCAUGGAUUCCUCAGAUGAGGGUGGCCGGAAUUCUUUCUCUGGGGCCAGUCACCCUCUAGAACCAAUUGAUAUGGAUCUUAUGAAGACGGUCUAUGUUGCAAUUGAUGAAGAGAAGCCUGAGCCACCAGUGUGUCUGGUGCGAGGACUAUCAGUGAAAGCGCCGUUCAUAGACGACCUUUCAAUCCGUGUUACAGGCAUGAAGGCGAAUGCAGUGGUUUGCGCAGGCAGUGCUGAAGGCUUGGCAGAAGAGAGGAAGAUGUCUGGUGCUGCAGUGGCAUCACUGGCCACGGCGCGCUCAUCACAGGCUACGGAAACUGUGUCCCUGCCUCCGGAUUCAGAGGAGAAGGAAUGUGUCUGGGAUGCCUCACUCCCUCCCAGCGGAAAUGUCAGUCCACACAGUAGCAUUGACAGUAUGGGUGUAGUCGCUGCCAUGAGCAUCGUGAGCAGUUGUAGUAAUACAUAUAAAAGUGAAGCCAUAGCUAGUGAAACCAUGUUUACUGUGGAAAGGAAUUAUGGAAGUGUAAAGGGUAGUGUUAGAGGCAACUCUCUAGAAAGUGCAAAAACGAGCAUGAGCCGAGCAAGCGACAGCAGUGGUGUCAGCGAUGAUAGCAGCUGGAGCCAUAUCACCGGAGGUGCCAGCAAGCCUCAUAAGGGGAAUGAUCCUAGAGGGAAGGCAAUUCAUGCUGUCCGUGUUCGAGAUGGCGCGCUUGGGAUGAGCCAUUUUAGACUGCUGAAGCGUCUAGGCUGUGGUGAUAUUGGCAGUGUUUACCUUUCAGAGUUAAGUGGGACUAGAUGCUACUUUGCAAUGAAAGUAAUGGACAAGGCAUGCUUGGCCAGUAGGAAGAAGUUGAACAGGGCUCAAACUGAGAGGGAGAUUCUCCAGCUUCUGGAUCAUCCUUUCCUGCCAACUCUGUAUACACAUUUUGAGACCGACAGAUUCUCGUGUUUGGUCAUGGAAUUUUGUCCAGGCGGCGAUCUGCACACUCUGCGACAGAAACAGCCAGGAAAACAUUUCUCCGAGUAUGCAGCAAGGUUCUAUGCUGCAGAAGUUCUUCUAGCUAUUGAGUAUCUACACAUGCUGGGAGUCGUUUACAGGGAUCUGAAGCCAGAAAAUGUUCUGGUGCGCGAUGAUGGCCACAUAAUGCUUUCAGAUUUUGAUCUCUCCUUGAGAUGUGCAGUCUCACCUACACUAAUCAGAACAUCAGCUUUUGAUUCUGAUCCCAAAAGAGCGGGUGGUUCAUUUUGUGUGCAACCGACUUGUAUGGAACCUACUUCAGCCUGUAUUCAGCCAGCAUGUUUCAUGCCCAAGUUGUUUGGUCAGAAGAGCAAGAAAAAGACUAGAAAAACUAGGUCUGAGCUGGGGCAGAGUGCUACUAACCUGCCUGAGCUCCUUGCAGAGCCAACCUCGGCUCGAUCAAUGUCGUUUGUUGGGACUCAUGAGUACCUGGCCCCAGAAAUCAUCAAAGGCGAAGGGCAUGGAAGUGCCGUCGACUGGUGGACCUUUGGUAUUUUCUUGCAUGAGCUUCUAUAUGGCAAGACACCAUUCAAGGGGUCAGGCAACCGUGCCACACUGUUCAACGUGGUUGGUCAGCAGCUCAGAUUCCCGGAGUCACCGUCCACAAGCUACGCUAGCAGGGACCUCAUCAGGGGCCUCCUGGCCAAGGAACCGCAGCAGCGCCUUGGCGUGAAGAGGGGCGCGACGGAGAUAAAGCAGCAUCCAUUCUUUGAGGGCGUGAACUGGGCCCUGAUCCGGUGCAGCACGCCUCCUGAGGUUCCGAGGCCUGUCGAGGCGGAGCUUCCUGUGAAGUAUGGGGUGUCGGAGGCGAUCCCGAGCAACAAGAGGGUGGUUGGGGCCGACAUGAAGUCUGGCGGGAAGUACCUUGACUUUGAGUUCUUUUAGAGUUGUGCCAGCAGGCGGAGCUAUUGUUUGCAUAGUGUUGUUGUUGGGUCAGUUCGUUGUUGUUGUUCGGUACACUGCCGUUUGUCUCACCACUGUUACAAAUUUAUCUCAUCCGAACUGACCAAAAUUAGAUAGAUGUGGGUUUGCCUGCUUGAUUUCUUCUUCA